AUGGACUUUAAAAACGCCUUCAACUCAGUCUCCCGAGCAGCGGUAGCCCACGGGAUCCUAAGCUAUGCCCCAGAGUUCUACAAGGCAGCUAGAUGGGCCUACAACGAGCCAGCAGCCCUAGUGAUGUAUGACGGCACGCUACAACAACAGCUACAGAGGUCAACCGGCUAUAACAGACCCCCUCCUAUCGUCCUAGCAUACCUAGACGACGUCUACAUCAUCUCAGGGCAACAGAUCACCCUACAACAACUAGAAGGCUACCUAGAAGACGCCCCUAUCGCCCUAAACAUAGAUAAGACAAAGACACACCCCCUAUCGGCAAUACAGACCACGGGAAUGAAGAUACUUGGCUCCUUUAUAGGGCCAGAGCCACGGAAGGCCGAAUUCCUGGCUACAAGGAUAGAAGAACUCCAGACGGUGCUAGAUAGGCUAAAAGACCUACCAAAACAACACGCACUCCUCCUACUUAGGGCUAGCACCUCUACACUACUCCGACACCUUCCUAGGACCAUAGGAUCACAAGGACUCCUGGCAAGAUUCCAAGACAUUGACACAAGACUCCUAGAAACCAUAAAACACCUUCAAGGCUCAGAGGAUAGAAGACCACUAGACCAGGACCUAGUAGCCCUCCCUACUAGGCUAGGAGGCCUAGGAAUACCUCUCUACGCGGAAGUGGCCGAGCUAGCCUUCCAAAACUCACAGGCUAUAGCAGACAUCACCCUACAGAGGAUCCUACCGCCAAAACUCUUCUGGCGCCUACCCCGAGCACCCUCGCCAGCCCCUAGCAACACUAGCCAAGAAGGCAACCUACAAGAGGACGGCCUAGAAGGGGACAUAGACAAGGCCACAGAAGAGGACACACAAGGUCUAGACGAACAAACCACUCUAGGAAGCCAGGAGCAAGAACAGGUACAAGAACAGGAACAGGAUCACUCCCAGGACCGCGAACACCAACAACUAGACCCCACUAGUACUGGCCCUGCUAGAACCAUCUACCGAGCUGCAAUAGACAAGCUCAACAGAGCUCGACUGGCUAGAGUACAGCAGAAGCUCUCUUUACAGCAAGAGAACGUACGGAUCGAGAACUCAGCCUUCCUAGGCCGGAGAUGGCUAUCCGCAAUGCCUACCUCACAGCCCCUUCUACUCUCGGACAUGGACGUAGCCGCAGCACUUUCUAUUCGGCUUCUUACAUCCCCUGAAGAAGGCCAGGACAUCUGUAGACACUGUGAUAGGGCCUAUACCUUCGCCCACGAAGACGCCUGCCGUGCUAGGACUAGACAGACAAUUGUCAAACAUAAUAAGGUGUGCCAGGCGUUGACUACGGCCCUACAGACCGACCCACAAAACAAAGUCACCCUAGAGCCACAAGGAGACUACCGAGGAAUCCGGACAGACAUUAGAAUCGACAACCCUAAGGGAACCACCUACCUAGAUGUGUCCAUCAUUUCCCUAGGUAAGGAAACCGCUAGGAAGGACCCUAAUAGCACCCUAUCGGCCGCGGAAAGGGCUAAGAAGCUCAAAUACCAAACCCUAGGCCGAGCUUUUAAGCCGUUUAUCCUUAGCCAAGGAGGCCUUCUAGGAAAGGAGACCUCACAAACCUACAAAGAAUUCCAAAAGUCCCUUGGUCCUAGCACCUCGGAGUGGCUAGAUAAGUAUAUCUCUACCACUCUAGUAAGACUCCGGGCUAGGAACUGGCUAGGAUAUGGUAUAGACUAG